AUGAGCUUGUUCAACCAGCUGUUGAAUGAGUUCGAUGAUGACCCCGGCAUCAAUGCUCCGGGGACGUCUUCCGGGGCAACGAGUGGCACGCUGACCUUGCCAACAAAGAGAUGGCUGGGCGAUGUAGAUGUGAGCGAUCCGAGCCCGAAUCCUCUCCUGGAAAACAACACUGCUGGGCGUGUCGUGGGUGACUACUUUGGGGUUGCUCGAGGGGGGCUGCUGAGCUAUCCCGGCUUCGCCCCGCAAUCGGACAGCAGCCUUGCGCAUGCUGGGGACACGUACGUCUUCCUUGGGCCUGGUUUGGGGGACAACAGCAGCUCGUGGGCCAAGAUCAAGAUUCUCCUCGGGACAAACGCCGUGGGAAGUGCAAACAUUGCACCUGGGGCCGUGACAAGCGAGAAGCUCGCCCCACAGACCACAAUUGUUGUCCAGAACAAUGGCGAAACAGUGGAUCUUUCGUCUGAUGACGUCAACGCUGUAAUGUUUGGGCCAAAAGCCGAUGGCUCUUGGCGCAUCCUUGCAACGAAGGGCGCUCUACUGUUUCAAAGCUACACUUACUCGUGGCUCGCCUAUACAAGUGAAGGGCUUCCAGAAGAGUGCAAGAUAGAUGUGACUGACAUUCAGACCGUUGCAGAAGGCUUCAUCUGUUUGAAACUCGAGCGCGAGAUCGUCUUGGCUUUCAGAGGAACGGCCGAUUUCUCUGACGUAUGUGAGGACCUCGACCUUCUUCGCGAGCAUCCAGCGUCCGAGAUGGACCCCGGAGUGUUUGUUCACAGGGGCUUCUGCCAGAGGUGCAAGCGGGCUCGGCCUACCUUUGGGUUUGAAGGAAACAAGCCCUCCCACUGUUUGAAGUACGAGAAGGUCUCUCGGAAUUACAAAAUCAAGGAGCAACACUUCGUUGACCACAUCAAGGCAGCAGGCGUUCUCCCAGACACGGCGCAGGUCACCUUCGACAAGAAGCUUCAGGGGGGGUGCUCGGCGCGGAGGCCGGACAUCUUCGUCGAUGUGUACACCCACACCGUACACUCGGAGUGCGACGAGGAGCAGCACUCUUCCAGCAACUACUCCUGUGACAACAAGAGGCUCAUGGAGCUCUUUCAGGAUGCUGGCAACCGGCCCCAGGUGCAGCUGCGCUUCAACCCAGACAGCUUCACAUCUGCUGAUGGCCUGAAGCACCCGAGCUGCUUCAAGUACAACAAGCUCGGGGUGCCCGUCAUCAGGGAUCAGGCCAUGUGGGAAGCACGAAUGAAGGUUUACCUUGAGCGCCUGAACUACCACCUCACGCACGUGCCUGAACGCGAAGUGACCGUCGAGCACCUGUUCUAUGACGGCUACAGCUGGGAGGACCAGGGCCAAACCAAGGGUGCGAGGCAGAGGAAGGCAAAGCGCAAGAGAGAGACUGAGUAG